CUCUGGGGUGGGAUUGCAACACGGGGGCACCUCCCGUGCAGACUCGCCGGCGAGCUCUCCGGCCCCGCAGAUCAGGCUGGUUUUUAAAAGAAAAGACUAAACCAGCGGGGGCGGGAGCCAGAGAGGGGCCGGCCCGGCAGGGGAGGAUUGUCGCCUCGAUGAAGAAAGCUGCAGUUUGCAGAACCGUUUGUUUAUUUACGAACAACUUUCUGGAAAAUCCCAGCAAGGCGGCCCCUCCGUUCAAACAACGAUCUAAAAUAUGAGUACGGGAGAGACCCAUGAAGUUGGUGAUCCUGGACGCAGUGGCACGAGUGGAUUCCAACAGCGUUUCCACUCAAUCUAGCCCGUCUUCUCUCCUUAGUACUGCUCCGGCCUCGUCUAUGGCUUUUGUCUAUGCAGGUCUCAGCGGCAGAAAAGCUCGUUGAAUCCACCCCACUAUCGUGAAGCUGAACAUCACAGGGUGGUUGUUGCGAAGAUUAAAAAAAAAAGCAUGAAACUGCCAGAGAUCGAACCCUUCUGCAUGCAAAAUGGGAAGCCACCCCCCAUCACUACAGCUCUUUUGAAGACGCGGCAAGUUGCAACGGGAAUCUGACUUCAUGGCAAGUGUAGACAGCAGCUGGAUCUCCUGGGGUGUGGGAGUUUUUAUUCUGAAGCCUCUGAAAUGGACUCUGUCCAGUGUAUUAGGUGACAGCAAAGUGCCAGAAGAGGAAGAGAUCUUGAUUUAUGUGGAGUUACUUCAGGAGAAAGCAGAAGAAGUAUAUCACCUGUACCAAAAUUCUGCACUGUCUUCACACCCUGUUGUUGGCCUGUCAGAGUUGCGUUCCUUGUGCACCACCCUCUGCCCAGAUGAAAGGACGUUCUGUUUGGUGCUGCUGCAGCUGCAGAAGGAAAAGAGGGUUACAGUCCUUGAACAGAAUGGAGAUAAGAUAAUGAAAUUUGCACGAGGUCUUCAUGCCAAAGUAUCCCCCGUGAAUGAUGUAGACAUUGGGGUCUAUCAGCUGAUGCAAAGUGAGCAGCUGCUGUCCCAGAAAGUGGAAUCCCUUGCCCAAGAAGCAGAGAGGUGUAAAGAGGAAGCCCGGAGUGCAUGCAGAGCUGGGAAAAAGCAGCUGGCUCUGAGAUUUUUGAAAUCUAGGCGAAGAACAGAAAGACGCAUUGCAGAACUUCACUCCAAGCUGGAUGUGGUACAAGGGAUUUUGGAUCGGAUAUAUGCUUCUCAAACAGAUCAGAUGGUAUUUAAUGCCUAUCAGGCUGGAGUGGGAGCUCUGAAACUAUCGAUGAAGGAUGUCACGGUGGAGAAGGCAGAGAACCUGGUGGAUCAAAUUCAAGAGCUUUGUGACACCCAGGAUGAGGUAUCCCAAACUUUAGCCGGAGUAGGGAUCAAUGGCUCAGAGGCUGACACUGAAGAACUGGAAAAGGAACUGCAUAAUCUCCUCCUGGACUCGUCCAAAGAACUUCCAGACCUGCCUUCUGUUCCCCAGAAACCCUUGUUUCCCGAGUCUGUUCUGAUGCUGCCCAGCAUAUCAGAUGCUGAGCUUGAAGCAGAAUUGGAGAAGCUCACGCUUUCAGAUGGAGGAUUGGCACAAAAGACAAACUCAGGCUCCUCGCAGCCCGAAAGAGCUCUUGAAUUGCAUCUCUAACGGCUCCAAAUCAGCUUCCUGCUAUGAAGAUGUCUUAAUUUUGGUGAUCAAUCUUAAAAGAACUUGUGGAAUGUGGGCUGAUGCCCCCUCCUUGCUAGAUAGCACUUUUUUGUAAGAGACGGGAUGUACUGCCAUGACAAUCCAUCCUCUUUCAAACAGACCCCAACUGCUGUUGCUGUUGUCUCUUUCAGUGCCAAACUACAGUGUUGCUGAGUGACUUGUUCACCUGUGUAGCCAGUCAUGAUUUCUCUUCUCUGAAAAGUUGACUCCUCCUGAGAUUUUAAUGUGCCACCCCAUCCCAUGAUGGCUGGCUUAACACAACUCAAUCUAGGUGUUACAACCAUUGGGGAGAACUAGAAACACAGCGGGAUCGCAAUUGCUGUGGUAUCUAGGUGUGUGUUGGAUGGUUGCACAGAUCAUUUGUUGCACAGUACAGACACUGUCUCUGGCAGUCACCUUUUUGGCAACAAGCUUACACACAUGUUGAUGGUCUUUCUAUUCUUCCUUAUCUGUGUUUGCACGGUUGUGGAAAAUUUAGGUGUAUGACAGUUUUAUUGUAGGAGACUUUUUCCCCUGUUGCUGUUCCCAUGAGGGGGUAGCAUCAGCCAGCACAGAAUAAAACCUUUCUCCAAUAAUAAUGUAGCCUUAAAGGAACCUGCAAAGGAUUUUGAAAUGAAGGUGCUGCAUUUCUUGUUGCUUCUUGAAGAUGAUAAAGUCUUUUGAUGUUUUAAGAGUGCUUUUCAGUUUCGCUUGAAGAAGAGCAAGCAAUGCUGUGUUCUGGCUGGCGGAAUGCUGCUUUUAAUAGCUUCAGAGGAUUUAGGGUGAGCUUUUGAACCAGAAGCAAAUAGUUGGUGGCUUUGGAUCCACAAGGUUCUUUUCUUGUGAGUGUUGGAAAAUCAUUUAAAAAUGGUAGAUUUGAACUGACCUUCCCCCCACUCCUGUGGCAUCUCUCUUGGGGAACAUCACUUUUUCUCAGCAGCUUGAGAAACAGUUAAUGUACAUGAUGGAAAAACAAGUAUGGGAUGGCUUUUAUGUACUUGAAGAAAUGUGCAAUUGUUCUUCCCCUUUGCAGGUUACCUUUCUCACUGCUUUAUGUGCACAUGAAAAAAUGCAGGCCUGCUCUGUCUUGAGGGCAGCUGCCAGAGUCACUGAGAAGGAUCAAGCACUCAGUAUGAGUGUGUGUCCUUCCUGGAGAGGUGCCAUGCUGUGCACUUAAACUGGGAGCCAGCUAUAGCAAGAACAUGUUAGUAAGUAGUGGCUGUUAGUAAACUUGCAGCCUGUUCUGUGAUGGUGUGUAUGUGCUAUUAGAAAUAAUGGCCUUAUGGUAUCUGCUAUUUCAUUGAACUUUGCGCAAAGUGGAAGCAAGCUUUGAAUGUUUUAUCAAGGAAGAUACCAGAGCCUGAAUUUGGGAGACGGGAAACUGGCUAAGUUUGUACCUUCAGCACACUGCAUUGGAGUGGAUACUUUGCUGUUUCCCCACUUCUUGGGCUCACUCUCAAGAUGGCACAUCAUGUAGUCUUGUGAUGAAGGCAGGCUACAUACGGAAUUGUGUGAAAUUAUUUUAAUGGCGUUGUAUUACUUUUGCUUAGUAAGGAGAUGGGAGAAGGAAGAAAAGUAAUCACUGUUUUUUACCAAUGAUGUAAUAAAGGGGAGAAAAGAC